CUACGACCUUGGUCUUCGACCACCAUCUCUUAUAAUACUGAAGAUGACUCUUGACGACGAGGGCUCCUGCCACUCAGAAUCAGGCGACGAAAUCCCGGCGGCUUCAUCAUCCAAGCCGACUUUAUCAUCCAAGCCGACUUCGAAUCCACCGAAGAACGAACCUGAAGAGUACCGUUUAUCCAACGCGCUUAAAGUACCUCGGGCGACAACCUACACUGCGCAAGCUCUAUACGAACAGAUUCUCAAUAAUGAUAUCGAUCUAGACCCCGAGUAUCAACGCGGCGAGGUGUGGAAAGAAAACAAGCAAACAGGCCUGGUCGAUUCUAUUCUGCGGAACUUUUAUAUUCCUCCUGUUAUCUUCGCGGUGAAUACAUUUGAGGAUGGGACUGAGAGGAGGACGUGUAUUGAUGGAAAGCAGCGGUUGACUUCGAUCCACCGGUUCAUGGAGGGUUUCAUACCACACCGAGAUCAUGACACAGGCCGAAAGUAUUGGUAUAGGGAUCACCCAGGAGUUCCCGGCAGGCAAAAGACUAUUCUCCCCGAGUCACUGCGGCGCAUUUUUGCGAACAAACAAAUUGUCUGCGUGGAGUAUUCAGACUUGACGGACGACGGCGAACGUGACAUCUUCCAGCGUGUUCAGCUAGGUGUGGCACUGACUCCUGCAGAGAAACUGCAAGCGGUCAGCGGUCCGCGUGUCCAGGUCAUACGUGAACUGAUGGCCACCCAUCCACUUGAUAAUAUCCCUUUCGACCGAUCGCGUGCUACUGACUUCCGCUGCUUCGUUACGCUGGCUCAUGCGCUGGCAAAGUACCCCAAGAUGAACAACGUUCUUAUCGAGCCGUCUCAGCUUACGAAGUGGUUGAAAGCUGACGAAGAGAUGUCAGAGGCGUUUCGGACGAAGAUGGAGGAGACGCUUGUGCGGAUGGCGGAAGUGAGCGUGCCAGACAAGGGAAAGGACAAGGUGUCACCGGUUGAGGUGGUGUUCAUCGGGGUGCUGGCCAAUGCGGUGUCGGACGGACGGGAGCUCUCUGAUCUGGUGGCGGAAAUGAGGAGCGACGCCAGGGCGGUUUUUCAGGGUACGAUGCGGUUGAAUUCGCAGGUCGGGAAGCAUAUGAUGGCGUUUGUGAAGUCUGUGGAUCCGAGCAGGAAGAGGGAGAGAGAGGAUGAGGAUGAGGAUGAGGAUGACAGGGAGGAGAAGCCGAAGAGAAGAAGGAUUGAAGCUGAUAGUACGAAGUCGUCGAGGGCGCAGCAACAGAUUGAGGACUUUGCAAAGGCGAAGGGAAAGCUUAGGCUGAUAAAGGAGGCUGCGUUGCCGAAUCCGCAGAGAUUGCCGUCGCCAUAAGAUAGGUAUCUUUUGUAUCCACAUUUCUACUGUAUACAUGUCAAACCCGCUAUCACACCAAACUUUUCCCAGCCUACUUCCCUUCUUUGUGUCAGUCUAAUGUUUCUCUGAGUAAUUUGUUUUUUUGUACUUGGCGUAAUUCCUGCAGUGAUUUCUGUUAUUCAACCAAUUACGUCCCUUGGAUGGACC